UGGCAGCAAUAGCUUUCUAACUCCUCAAAGAAAACCAAGAAAAACUCCUUGAUUUUUUGUCUUCCACUAUAGAGUACACACACACAAAAUUUAAGUAUCAUAUAGCUUUUAGUGUGGUCCACCAUCAAUAACAAAAAAAAGAAAGAUCAGAAAAGACACAGAAACUUUUGUAUUGAAAUUGAAAUGUCAAAUAUUUCAGGUGAUGAAGGAAGCUUCUCCUCAGGAAACAAUGGAGAAGAAGUUUAUCAAGAAAGCAAACAGCAACAGCUGCAAAAUCAUCUUAAUAAUGAAUCAAGUUCAGGACCUUCUGGUGCUUGUAAUAGCAAUGGCUCCACUAAUCAACAACAAAACAAGAAGAAAAGAAACCUCCCUGGAACACCAGAUCCUACUGCUGAAGUUGUUGCAUUAUCACCAACAACCUUAAUGGCAACAAAUAGAUUUGUCUGUGAGAUAUGCAACAAAGGAUUUCAAAGGGACCAGAAUCUUCAGUUACAUCGCAGAGGUCACAAUCUUCCAUGGAAACUGAGGCAAAGAACAAGCACAGAGGUGAAGAAAAAGGUGUAUGUGUGCCCUGAACCAUCAUGUGUACACCAUAACCCAGCUCGUGCAUUAGGAGACCUAACUGGCAUCAAAAAGCAUUUUAGCCGCAAACAUGGUGAGAAGAAAUGGAAAUGUGACAAGUGCUCUAAAAGAUAUGCUGUUCAAUCUGACUGGAAGGCACACCAGAAAACAUGUGGUACUAGGGAAUAUAAAUGUGAUUGUGGAACCAUAUUUUCUAGGAGAGAUAGUUUUAUAACCCACAGAGCUUUCUGUGAUGCAUUAACAGAAGAAAACAACAGAGUGAACCAAGGAUUAACAAGUGGCAUGCCACCAAAUUUACAGAAUCAAAUGCCAGAUCAUAUGUCAACUAUGCCUCUAAAACCAUGUUCCAACACACCAUCAGAAUUAAACAAUGACUAUGACCCUAAAAACUCACUAAGAUCACCACCACAAGAACUUGUUCCAACAAUACCAUUCAGAUCAACCAACAAUGCAUGUGGUGGCAUGUUCUCCACCACUUCAGGUGCACUCUUUGGUGGUCCAAAAGCCUUAACACCCACUUCUUCAAGCCUUCAACUAAGUUCCAAUAGCUUCAAUUACUUCCAUGACAGCAAAAAUGGUUCAGCUCAAAUGUCUGCUACAGCUUUAUUACAGAAAGCAGCUCAAAUGGGAGCUACUGCAAGCAAUAGUGGUAACUCUUCCAUGAUGCAAAAAAGCUUUGUUAGUAGCAUGGUUGGUCCUGAUCAUGUUUCAGCUUCUGCUAGACCACCAUACUCUAGUUCUUCCAUCAUGAUGCAGCAUAACAUGCCCUCUUAUGAACACUUUGAUUUAUCUAACAUGACUAAUGUUAGUGGUGGUGGAGCAUUCACUAAUCAAUUGUUUCAAAAAGAACAACAUGAAAUUUCAGUACUAUUUGAUAAUAACAAUAGUACUAGUGUUUCUACAAUGAAUAAUGAUAUAGGACUGUUCAACCAAAUAUCCAUGAGAAAUGAUGUGGCAGGGAAUGAUAUGACAAGAGUUCAUGAUUUCUUGGGAAUUGGAGGUUCAAAUUCAAGUUUGCAUGAACCAGUAUUAAGUCAACAGAGGUUGGAGAUUAUGAAUAAUUUUCAUCACCAUCUUCCACAUGAGGAUUCAGCUAUAGAGAAAUCUAUUUGGGAUGUUUGAGUAGUGGGGAGAUAAAUCAUGUUCAUUUUAAUUGAGUUUUUCAAACUUGGAAAUUGGAAAACAUGUGAUUCUAAAUUAUAGGGAAUUGGCUAAGAAAGUGUGGUUAGUUUUUAUGUUUAGAUUAUGUUCAUGAAUAGAGGUAAAAUAAAGGAUUUAGGAAUGUCACAUACUCACACUCUUAAUUAGGGAGUAAUUUUUUUUCUUUGUACUUAAUUUGCAAUUUUUAUCACAUCCCCUAUCAUAUUUCUCA